AUGGCUGGACAACUCAUUCCGUCACCUGUCACUAGCACCACAAUAGUUCACAAAGGUCAGCUGGCUCAUGUCAUUUACACUGCGGAGAACAAGGAGUUGUUGUUGCUAGCCAUUCCAGACUCAAGGUGCUCAUUAAAGGAAGCUAUUUUGUUGAACACCGACAUUGUCCGAUGUUUAAAGUUUACUUAUCAAUCUUUAUCGAGAUGUUUUUCUCUCAAAGAACACCAUGCAGCCCUAGACAGAGUUUUCUCCCUGUUGCAAGCCCAGUUUCUCAGCUCUUCCUUGAUAAAUAUUCAAAGGUUUCUCGAUUUCUUGCCAGCGGCUCAUUUCAUAGCCUUGCCAAGAGACGCUCAGGUUCAAAUUGAUGAUGCCCUAAGUGAACUUGAGUCCAAUGAUUUUGGAGGAUAUAACGAUGAAGACGACUGCCAGAGGCUUUACUCAAUCAUCGGCUCCUGUCUGUUUUAUAAGGGAUAUCUUCUAGCCUCUCAUUUCAAUAGAGAAGACCUAGUGGAUGUGAAUGCUUGGUGUCGUCACAACGGACUUUUGUUACUUUCGCGAUCGGAAAGUGUUCGUAACCUUGUUAUGUGGAGAGAAGUUUUCCCGGCUUCAUGCAACAGAGGGCAGCCGGCUGUCACCCUCACGUACUUCCUGCCACAGGGUCGCUGGUUCCUGCUGGUGGUUGGUCAGGAAGACUGUCUGUUAGCCUUACUGUUGGAAUCUGGAGGCUGCACGGUAAAGAUUGAAGGAAAUCCCGGGCCAGAGCCGGUAUAUGUUAAACAAGCUCAGGCAACUUUACAUCAUGUUCGAGAGAUCCAAGUUUUAUCCCUGGCUGACAAAUGGAUCCAAAAUCACUGCCGGCUUCCAACCAUGUGUCCAGAUUCACAAACCAAACCCUCACUCAACACUUCUGGUGAAAAUUCAACAAAUACAAAUACAGGAAAUAUCUUACUAUGUCUCUUUUACGACAUGACAAAGGCUUUUGAUCUUCUUGACCAUGGGAUCCUUCUGGAUAAGCUGCGAAUACUUGGCAUUUCUGGAAACCCACUGCGAUGGAUUUCAUCCUAUCUUAAAGAUCGACACAUGAUUGUAUCCUUGAAGCACAGAGGCCCUGACAACAUCCUCCGGACAUAUAAAUCGUCUCCUUCACCAGCUCUGAACAUCGGUGUCCCCCAGGGAUCAAACCUUGGGCCCAUCCUAUUCCUGUUAUACGUGAAUGACUUGCCUGGCUCCAUAUCUUCUGGAAAUUUAUGGCUUUUUGCUGAUGACGCCUGUCACCUAGUCCCAAGCCCAAAUCGAAAUAUCACAAUUGAAAACACCCAAACUGGCUUACUUGAAAUGUCAACUUGGUGUAGCAAAAAUCAUCUGGUCCUAAAUUCUGGUAAAACCAAAUUAAUGGAGUUUUAUAACAGGAAGAAGCCUGAACCACCUCCGAUAUUGACCUUGGACGGGGUACCUCUUGAAACCUGUAGUGAAACCAAAUACUUGGGUCUACACAUUACGGAGAACCUAAAUUGGGGAACGCAUGUCGAUGCAAUAGCGCCCAGACUGUCAUCUGUCACCUACCUGCUGUUUAGACUACAAAAGCUGGUUGACAUCGAGAUUCUCCUUAAGGUUUACUAUGGCUGCUUUCAUAGCAUAGUUUCAUAUGGUCCAAGCACCUCUAAAAAACCACAAGAAGUGACUUCCAUCCUGAAGCACAGAAUUAGUCCAGAUGAUAGCCUUAGUACAGGUCGUGACAUGUACGAGACAUCAGAAGACUCGACAAGUCAGGCCGCGUCAAGUGUAGUAAGUGACGAAGCUGCUCCAAUACUUGGACGAAGGGCUGAGAGAGAACGAGCCACUGACUCCAUCCUCUCCGACUCUGAUUUCUCCGACGACCUUGACGAAUGGACGUCGCUAAAUAGUGGAGCCGGGAGUAGAUUGUUUGAUCUCUCGGAAAUUGGAAGGAAUCUACUGUCUGAUGUUGAAUACUCCUUACCCAUGAGAUUGACCGCUGGAGAUCAGAACCCAUUGUUCUGCUACGUACAUCUGGACUGUGCUGAGGGGGUGAUUCUCAGCAACCCUACGCUCACAGCGUCUGGGCAACUGAGGCACAUUCUUCACAACUUCCGCACCCUGGCUCCCCUUAUACACGAGCUGCUACAGAAUACUGUGCGGUUUAAGAAGCUGAAAGUUCAAGAAGUAUCGGAGUGCUUGAUCAAUAAAACAUUGAUUGCUAACAAAGAACAUGCAAUGCUGUUUGAGUGUCCUCCCGCCAAAACUGACUCUGGAAAGAAGUCAAAACCACUCACUUAUUGGAUUGUAGGGCGGUUGUUUUUCAUGCCUCAGCCCCGAGAAGUUUACAUCUGUUUCCAAGACUCCUCGCCACAGAAUAUGGUAGAAAUUGCCUGCAGACUAGCUUUGAGUGCUUCCGGUUGAGAAUACCCAAGUUUUAAAGAAUAAUCAACCACUUUAACUAAGGUUAACCCAAGUUUUCUAGCUGACUAAUAAGCCAGAUGGAUAUCAAAACCCAUCACCGAUGUGUUAAAUGACGUCCUCUCAACUUGUCUACGAAGUUGAGUGGUAAUAGUGCUUGCCCUCAAAUCUAGAGGUUGUAGGUUCAAACCCGAGCAAAUUUUAUUUUGCACCCAGAUGUAAUUUGUCAUUGGGCUAUGAAUUAAUGAUGCUAUCUAACUAAAAGUCAACGUUGAAUUGUACUUUUUACAUUUUUUUUUAUGUCCCACCGUCACAUUCUAGGACGCUAGUUCUAGCUCGGAAUUGUUUUACACGUUACUUCAGGCUAGUUCUAGUGGGUUGCGGCA